UUUCGAAAUCAACAGAAUCCAACUCGAUGAAAAUGAAAAUCCGUACUGUUCUGCUUGUUUUCGUGUUCAUCAAGCUAUGCAUCCUUUUCACAGUACUCCAAGAAACAAUUGAAUCUAUAAUGGCAAAUGAUCAUCCAUAUCUAUUGGGAACCAAUGAUAUCUACUUAUUCGAUGUGAUGAUGGCUAAUGUUCUUGGACUUUCGAUGCUUACUUCACUGUUUCUUAUUUGCAUGUUUGCGAUUGGGCAUACGCGAAUUCAAAAGCCAUAUGUUGUGGUGGCUUUUGUGAUUAAUUUGGUGUUUGUUUUACCAUUUUUCCUGACCGGUAUCUAUUUCUUCUUCCACAGUCAUGAAGGACUCAUUGUUCAACCAAGUAUUGAGAAAGGUUUUGUCACGCUGAAGAAUCAUGCUUACAAGUAUCAUAAGAAUUUGAAUGAAACAAUUGCAAACGACACAGGAAAACCUUCAGUUAAACCGAGAUCUACCAAUAUAACUAUCAAACAUCUUCCUGUGACUUCUUCUCUUAUGAAUCAAUAUUUAAUUGCUGACAGGGUUCAGAGAAGAUACUGUUGCUGUGGUUACAAUGGGGCAAUCGAUUAUGGGUUCUUCAAUAAAACAACUGCAUCAGAAGACAAAAUACCGUUUACAUCGACGCUGAAUAUUGGGUGCCCUCAUAACUCACUUUUCAAAAAUUCCACAUGUGGAAAAACUCACUCUAGAGGUUGUGAAGAACGCUUGAAAACACUAUACACAGUCAGAAUCUUGCUCUAUUCGUGUAUUGGGACAGUUUUGUCUAUUAUAUUUGCCGUUAUUUCUCCAUUUAUCUAUUCACAAUUUGAGAUGGAUAGACGGCUUGCUAGAUCCAAGUAUAUCCGUGAUUGGAGGCAUUCCUUAGAGAUCCAUGUCAAUGAUCAUCGAAUGUGGGCGAUGAGGAAAACAGCAAAAGAAACGAAAAAGAUUGAAGAGAAGAACCCAAGUCCAGUGUCUCCAGUGAAUAUAAGCUCUUUUAACAUUAAAGGUGUUCAAUGAAAAUUCUAUUUCAGGCUUCGAACAAAAGUUUCAAGUCAGAAAAAAAGUCAAAAUCAGAAAGAAAACAGGAAUAAAUGUUGACUACUAA